CGCGAACUGCUCGAGGAGUUCCAGCGCCGCGAGCCCUACAAGUACCUGCAGUUCGCCUACUUCAAGGCUAAUAAUCUUCCAAAAGCUAUUGCAGCAGCUCACACAUUUCUUCUGAAGCAUCCAGAUGAUGAAAUGAUGCAAAGAAAUAUGGCCUACUAUAAGAGCAUACCUGAUGCUGAGGAGCAUAUUAAAGACUUGGAGAUAAAGCCUUAUGAGAAUCUCUUUGUCAGGGCGGUGAGAGCGUACAAUGGCGACAACUGGCGCACGUCCAUCUCAGACAUGGAACUGGCGCUUCCCGAGUUCUUCAAAGCCUACGACGACUGCAUAGCAGCCUGCGAAGGCUCCCGAGAGAUCACAGACUUUAAAGACUUCUAUCUUUCCAUUGCAGACCAUUAUAUUGAAGUCCUUGCAUGCAAAGUGCAGUGUGAGAGCAAUCUGACACCCAUUAUAGGAGGCUUUGUCGUUGAAAAAUUUGUGGCCACCAUGUACCAUUACUUGCAGUUUGCGUAUUAUAAAUUGAAUGACAUGAAGAAUGCAGCUGCUUGUGCUGCCAGUUACCUUCUGUUUGAUGAAAAAGAUGAAGUAAUGAAACAGAACAUGGUCUAUUACCAGUACCACAAAGACAAGUGGGGACUUAAAGAGGAGGAUUUUCAGCCCAGAUCGGAGGCAGUUCGGUACCACAACAUUACCACGCUCCAGCUGGAAUUGUAUGAAUUCGCGAAGGAACAUCUGAUGGAUGAUGAUGAGUAUGGAAAACAUUCUAGUAUCUCUGGUUCUUCACAUUUUUGCUGCAUUGAAGCAUCUUGUGAAGAUCCGUGGUUGAAAAUGGAGAAGGGUGAAGUUGUGGAAUUCCUUGAUGAGCUGUUGGAAGUGGAGGAAAAGAAGGAAUCCUGAUGAGUGAAACCACCAGGAAGUACUUUACAGAAGUGAAGACUCACCAUUGCUCCUUACCAUUGUUUUUGAUCGCCUGUAGUUCCAGUUAGACAUACCUCAAAGGUGCUUCUUUGAGCUGCACCUUUUGUCCCAAGGUCCACUCCUGAAAGGUCACUUCGUGCUGCACUGACUCUUCUGUGAGCAUGGCUUUUCACCCUGCAGAACUGGUGCACAUGAGCUUCCCCUUGAGCUUCCUUUCCCUUGCACAAACACAACAGAACAGACCAUUUCUGUUUUCUGGGAUAACACUAAGGUUCCUCAUUUCAGCGCUGUUCUACUGAGUUGUAGCAGUGCAGCUAAAUUCUCAAGAACUUCUGUCAGAUUAUGAACUAUGGAAGACAUAACAGUUCCUCUUUCUGAACUAUGAAUUGUAUUAUUUAUAUACGACUUUUUAUGUGAUGGUGAAUAAAGUGAUAAUGAAUCCUAGUGCACCUGAAAGAUAUUAAGGUGCAUUUGAAUAGCUGAAAUGAGGUGUUUAACAAAGCACAACUAAUGAUCUUGUAAACAUUGCUUAAAUUCUGAGAGCAGUGUUGAUCUUUCUUGAAAGCUAAAUUAAAUUCCACUAUGUGAAACUGAGAAUAAAAAUAUUUUUUUCUUCCUA